AUGUCAGGAGAAGACUACCCUUCAGACGACGACAAGAGUUUCGUCUCGGCUAGAUCCUCACACCAUGUGAGCGGGCAAGACACUGGCCAUCCGCCCUCCGGCUCACGUUUCUCCCCGAAAGAGGAAGCUUCGUUAUUAGCAGAGUCCAACAAACUCAAAGCGGAUGCCAAUUCUCUAUUUGCUCACGGCUCCUUCGAGGAAGCAGUCCAGACGUACGAUCGCGCCCUCUCAUCAUGUCCCAACUACCUCGAGUACGAACUCGCCGUACUACACUCGAACAUUGCCGCCUGUCACAUCAAGUCGGAACAAUGGAAAGAAGCCAUCGACAGCGCUACAAAGAGCAUAGAAGCACUAGAGCGGAUCGAUCCUCUACCAAAACCCAAGGAGUCACAGGGUACUGGUCAGGGCAAGCUUCAGACCCAGUCGGCACCAUCGGCCGUCGAGGAAAUCGACGACGAGACAGCAGAGAAGAUCGAAGCUCUAGAGAAGAGUGGCAGGACACGAGAUGAUGUACAGAAGAUUCGCGUCAAAGCCUUCCUAAGGCGGGCCAAAGCUAGAUCAGAGACCGGUGGGUGGGCUGCUCUACAAGGAGCAUACGAAGACUACACGUUCCUUGCAACGGUAACAAACCUAUCACCAAUGGACAAGAAGACUGUACAAAAGUCAAUGGCUGAAAUCGGUCCCAAGCUGGAAGAUGCCAAAUCCAAAGAAAUGGCCGAGAUGAUGGGCAAGCUAAAGGGCCUCGGAAACAGCAUUCUGAAGCCAUUUGGUCUGAGUACCAACAACUUCCAGUUUGUAAAAGACGAGAACAGUGGAGGGUACAGCAUGAACUUUAACCAGAAUACCUGA